CGUCAAGUAGAAGUGGUCUGCGCGUAACCCGUCCGCGCCUUGGUUCGCAGUGAAAACGGAGCGCAUGCGUCGGUCGGGAGACGCCAGGCCGCAGAUUCAUUUCGCGCCGCGACGCCAAGCGGCUCCGCAUCCGUGUAAACGCGGCUGGUCCAUGUGCGUUCGACGUCGGCGCGUGCACGCCGACCAGGACAAUCAGUGUGAGACGCGUGUCAAAGUAUCGUGUACCUUCGCGCGUGUUCUUCAACGAUCUUCGAUCGUAAUCUUCGUCGACUGCAUCAUCGAGUGAUUAAUCGAGUGGAUACUUUGAUAGAGCAAAAAGGAAUUACCGUAAGAACGACGUUGUCCCAGGCUGCUCUUUCAGAUGAAUUGAGAGGUAAACGGGGACGAAUGACGCGACAGACGAGCGACGAUCGCGCCUUGUGGAUCGCGAUGAUCGUCAGCAGCAAGGAUCCACGUGUGAUCAAGCGUGGGUUUCAACGCGGUUGCACCAGUCGAGCAUUCGACGCAACACUAGUCCAACCUCGUUUCUGAGGAUCUUGUGGAGAAGUCGUCGAGAUUUUUCGCCUUGCAACUGUGGGUUCCUUUACGUGACUUGUUGUAUUGGCGAUCUGUCCGCGGGAUCUCACGUGUGAUUUAUCGUCCUUACACGAGUUCUCGUGGAUUCUCCCAUCUCGAUUCUUUGGUUCGUAGCUGAUUUCCAGGUGUUGGAUCCUGUACGGCAGAGGCAGUGCGUUAUCCGCGAGGGAAUUUAUCGUGCUACGGACGAUUAACUUGACGCGGUGGGAGUAUACGUCGCGAGUGGAUGCUUCUCGUUGAACGUCUGAUUCUCUGGUGAAACUCGGUUCUCGCAAUCGUCACGCGUGAAUCUCUGCUUGAUCCACGAUAGUCUUUGUGUUAUAUAUGUCUGGUAAUAGUGACUGUAGAUGCUACAGUGAAGUUCGAAUCGUGUACUCGGAGACCGGAACGAGUUGCAUAACAGGGUCUCUGCUUGAGUGUAUAUAUAUAUAAGUAUAUAUAUAAAGGAGGAUAUCGUGCGAAGAGAAAGUGCACGAGAAAGGAGGCAAAAAAAAAAAAAAAAGGAAAGGGUGGAGAAGAAAGACGUAGCUGGAGUUUAGAGCCGAUUUAACCAGCUCUGUCGGUUAUCACGAUUUUUCUCUCCGGUGUGUGCACCAGGGGAACGGUUUUACCAACAAAACGAUCGACGGUGAGAACGAGUGAACGAGGUGUUAAAAAUGCUGUGUCGUUGGCUCGCCGUCCUGAUACUCGCUGCAUUUCUCCUGGUUAUCGAAGGGAUCGCGGUCACUCAAGGCACAUUUGCUCGGGAUCAAAAGCUGGUGGGAGGAAAUGUUUUCGGCAAUCACAACAUCACCAACGCACCGACGUUCGAAAUGAACGUUCCACGAAACGUGACCACCGCGGUUGGCCAGACUGCUUUCCUUCAUUGCAGAGUUCAUCAGCUAGGUGACAAAGAGGUGUCCUGGAUGCGUAAAAGGGACAUGCAUAUCCUGAGCGCCGGCAUCCUGAUGUACACCUCGGACCUGAGGUUUCAAGUGAUCCAUCCGGAGAAGUCUGAAAACUGGACGCUGCAAAUCAAGUCGCCUCAGGAACGAGACUCCGGGGUUUACGAGUGCCAGGUCAGCACCGAGCCAAAGAUGUCGUUGAACUACAGCCUCAACGUGGUCGAGGCACGAGCCAGAAUAAGUGGCCCGUCGGAUAUUUACGUGAAAACCGGCAGUCUUCUCACGCUCACUUGUCUAAUGUCUCAAGGACCUCACGAUUUAGGCACAGUGGCUUGGUACCGUGGUAGUCAGCCAGUAGUAACAUCUCCGCAUUCGGAAAACGACGUAAACGGCGAACCUCGCAUCGCUGUUGAAACCGAGUGGAGCGAUGCCCUCACGUCAAGAUUGAGGAUCACCCAUGCAAAACCAAGCGACUCUGGGAACUACAGUUGCGUGCCCACUGUGGCAGAGAGGGCCAGCGUCAACGUGCACGUUAUUAAUGGAGAGCAUCCAGCUGCAAUGCAGCACGGAAACACGGCAGCAGGCUCGCCAACAUCGAAGACGGUCCUCGUGAUGCUCGCCUUCCUUUUGGGUCAAUUGAGAUAAUGUGCGUUCUCGUACGUGCCCGUGCGUGUGUCUCCGAGCUGUCUGUCUGCGUGUAUACUUUCUGCACGUACUUACGUGUGUGUGGAUGUUUGUGAGCGCGUAUGACGGUGUGCGCGUGGCGAUUUAAACGCGAACAUGAAUGAAUAUCAACGGGAGCAUUAAGUGAAACUCGAUGGAUCGUUGGACACAAUAAGACGUAGCCAACCCUUAGCCUGUUUGUACCUUGAUCGGAAUUAAAUUGCAUGCAACCGGAACGAUCAUCGAUGAAGAAGCUUUCUUGCGGCCACGUGAUGGACGUUUUAAGAGAAAGGUUGACUGAUAAAAAAGUUUUACGUUAUUUCGGCCUUUUCAGCUUAGUUUUUCGAUAAUCGUCGAUGGUAUUUCCUACUUUUAACACGUUUAGAUAUACACACAUAUAACGAUGAAUUUUUGAAAUAUUUACUGAAUGUUUAGUAUUGUUUUAAGAAGUAAUAAAUUAUAAAAUACAAAUUAUAGGCAACAUAUACAACAAGAUAAUUAACGCAUACAUACAUAAGAAACGAUGCUCAAAACUAUAAAAAUAGAAGCGUUACACAUUAAUAAAUGUACUGAAUUAUUGUAAGUUAAAGAAAAUCGAUGCAGAAAUUAUCGUUACGAGCAAAUUUUUUUAAUAAGUCAAUUUUUAAUAUACAUUUUCUUUUAACUUAAAAUAAUCAAUUAAACUUCAUUGACCGUAAGAACUCUCGCAAGAACAGUUAUGAACGAUUAAUUUUAAUUAUAUUUAUUUUCUGUCGUCGUGUUCGAAAUGCCUUUUCAAAACAUAAUUUCAACCGUCGAAUUCUCGAAACCAUGCUCGCCAAAUUUAUCAGUCUAGAAACUAUUGCCCGAUGAAUUAAUGAAUUAAGUUUUACGAAAAGAAAGCUUCUUCGAGUGCAAUUUCUUUUUAUUGCUGCUCGUUAAAAAAUGUUCAGUUCUCAGUGAAGGAAGAAACAUAUAUCGAUGAAGGAACUCUGUCGCGGCCGGUUUCGCGUUGGAAAUCGCGACUUUCAAUGCAUCCAUAGGUGAAAACUGUCGAAAACGUCGUCGUAGUAUCCCAGGUUCGAUAUGUGUAAUAACUUGCAAAUUACUAGCGCGUUCUAGUGUCAUCGAAAUAAGGAAACCACAGUAUCGAAGUAACAUUGUACAUGGUAUAUAUUGUAAGCGACGAUUCAAUGAACAAGAAAGAAAGAAAUUGUAACAUGUAAGAACGUGAACGUGUGCUCGAACAUGGUAAAUUCGAUGUGUAAGUUUGCGAAUUAGUAGGGACGAUUAUGUAUAUUGUAAUUGUUACAAGACGAAAGCGAUCGUUCCAAUAACGAAAGAGUUCGUUCGUUCGUGGCAAAGAAAGUUUUAAUGGAUAUUUUCAUAGCUGUACGAAUCUUCGGCGAGAUAUGAACUUUCUCGAGAAAAAUCUCGUAUUUUUCAAAGAUUUGAUUACUUUGUUCGAACAUUGUUAUCUAGAUUUUUCUGCGUAAUAGUCCUUCAAAAAUUACGCAAUGUGUUAAAUAUUUAAUUGUUUAUAUAUAUUCUAUGUUUGUUGGUAUUGUUUUUCUUUCUAUGGAAUUAAAACAUUUAAUACAGUGUGUUUUAUACGUUUUUGGUAAAAACUGGAAAAGUGAAACGAUAAAUACCACGUAUUAGUUAAUAAAUUAAUAUAUUUCAACGUGGAAUAAGGUAAAAGGGAAAGAAUGUCAUGUGAACAGUGAACACGUGUGUUUCAUUCGCUUUUGUUCAGAUAUGGAGCUUUCAGCUUCCACAAAGGAGACGCCGGCAUUAUUUUGUAACAUAGGCCAAUAUUGACAAGGGAUUCUCUCUCGCGGAUGCCUCUAGUUUCAACGAAAAGAAAUUCUGAUAUUACAACGUUGCAGGAUAGCACACGUUUUCGGAGGAAAACUCGCGAAUCCCGGAGCAUAUCGAGUUUUACGCUUCGUUGUGUGUUUCUUGAAUGAGACGUGCAUUAUCCGGUUCCAAAUGCAUGAUGGAGAAAUGCGAAUUCUUGUCGAAAUCCGAGGGAAACUUGAAGGGAAUGCGAGACGAGUUUAGCAACUGCAACCUACAAUCAUGACGAUCCUGUUAUUCUUAUUUUACUUCGUCGAAAUAUUUUAUGAAUAGAGAGGGGGAAUUUGAGAGAGUACGAGACAAAAAUGAAGUUAAAGAACUCGUGACAAAAACGACCUUUCAGAUUCGCCAACAUUUUAGAUAACAAUGUAUUUUAUACAUUUAUGAAAUUGAUCGACAUAUGAAAUAUAGCGUUUCUCACACAAAAUUUUAACUGGAAAGUAACUUCAAUAUUAUUCGAUACACUUUCUCUAUUUAGUUUCCAAACCUUUGAAUGUAUGUUAUCAAAGUGAUUAUGUAUAACAAAGUUCCUCUUCGCCAAUUAGUUGACAACUGAUAAUAUGACAACGUUUACUGAUUGAUAUUGACCCGUCAAAUUCAAACAUUUGUCGAGAUCGAACUCUUCGUAUCU